GGGGGUCUUGGGUACCGAGGGCAGCUUCUUGUUCCUCCUCCUUGUCCCUCUCUCCCCCUCGGCUGGCGCCCCCGAGCCGUCCAGGAGUUCCCCAGUAUCUUGGAAAGGCAUCUCUCAGCCUGCAUGACAAAGGGCGUCCAGCCUGGCGGAGCACAGAACUAAUAUUCUGGCAAGGCUCUGAAAAAUCUUCUGGCGGGCGGCGGCUGGGCAAACUCCUCCCCCUUGCCCUGGCCACACAGGACCUGGCGCGCCCUGGCGGGGAGGGCAGCAACCACGCGGAUAUUACUUGUACUAUUUCAGGCCUCACGGAAUUAAUAACGCGAUAUUCCUCACCGCCGCUAAGAAAUAUUAGCUCGCUGAAGAAGUUGGCGGAGCGGCGACACGCUCGGCGGCAGCAACUCGCGGCAAAGUUUGGUGAAGCUGCGGCGUCUCGCGAGCCGCGGCAACUGGCAGGGUCGCGGCCAAGUUACAAGUGGAGGCGCGGCGUGGCUCGGAGGUUAGUUUAUAUCUCGCCCUGGCGGAGGGAGGAUGUGCCACUUCUCUCUCGUGGUCUCCCGAGAUCUCCGCUGACAUGAACGAGUUGUGUUAACAGAGCGAGUUGAGAACGUCUGUGAGUCUGUGGUGAUAGCCAAGGCGCCGCCAUGAGGGCCGUUGUGGCUGUUCUCGUGCUGUGGAGUGUUGUGGCGGCGUGCGGCGCGACGUUCGUUUACACGGCGCCCGAAAACUGUGACUGGACUUUGCGUGACGCGGUGCGGGAGGAGGUGACGCUCUCCUGCCGCCUCAGGACGAUCGGCAGUGACUUCGACAGCAGCAACUUCUCGCUCUCUCAGGCCGAGCACGUCACCGAGCUGCGGGUGGUGUGCAGCGACGUGCUGUUCUUCCAAUCGUCGCUGCAGCCGCGUGUGUUCCAGCGCCUGUACAGCCUCGACACGCUCAGCCUGGAGCACUGCAAGCUGACGGAGCUGCGGCCCGGCACCUUCCUGGGCCUGGACGGCAUGCGGCGCCUCACGGUGCGCUCCCACAACAGUGACUGGAGCGCCAUGGCCCUGGAGCUGAAAACUGACAGCCUGGUGGGCAUGCCGCACCUCGAGCGGCUUGACCUCGGCCAAAAUAACAUCUGGACGCUGCCGGGCCGAGUGUUCUGUCCGCUGCCUGCGCUGCGCCACCUAAACCUCACUUGGAACCGCCUGCAGGACGUGUCUGAGGUGGGCGUGUCAGGUAGCUGCGGGGCGCACCUCGUCACCCUCGACCUGUCCGGGAACGACCUGGUGGUGCUGCCGGAGGCAGGGCUGGCAGGGCUGGAGUCCCUGCGCACCCUGCACCUGCAGUACAACGACCUCUCCAGGCUGGCGGACGGGGCCCUGCUCGGCCUGUCCUCCCUCAACCUCCUCAACAUCUCCAGCAACCGCCUGGCGGCGCUGCCCCCGGAGGUGUUCAACGAGACGCUGGGCCUGACGGAGCUGUACCUGCAGAACAACAGCCUCACCGUGCUGGCGCCGGGCCUCUUCUCCGCCCUCAGCCGCCUCACCGUCCUCGACCUCUCCAACAACCACCUCACCUCCGAGUGGGUCACGGCAGACACCUUCCGCGGGCUGCUGCGGCUCGUGGUGCUCAACCUCAGCGACAACCGCCUCACGCAGGUCUCCCUCGACAUGUUCCGGGACCUGUCAACGCUGCAGGUGCUGGACCUGAGCCACAACGACCUGGCGGUAGUGGGCGAUCUGACCUUCUCGCCCCUGGCCAAUCUGCACCGCCUCGACCUGAGCCACAACUCACUUGAGGCGGUGAUGGGCCGCAGCCUCGCCGGCCUCUACGUGCUCUCCUCGCUCUCCGUCUCCCACAACAACAUCACCUGGGUGGCCUCCGACGCCUUCGACAACUGCACCAGCCUCCGCGACCUCCGCCUGGAGCACAACCUGCUGCAGGAGGUGCCCGAGGCGGUGCGGCAGGCCACAUCGCUGCGCACGCUCAAGCUGAGCCACAACCAGCUCAGCGGCGUGUUGCAGGACGACCUCAGCAGCCUGUCAGCCCUCAGACACCUCGACCUCUCCAACAACGUCCUGAGGAGUCUGUGUAAGUCAUGCCUGGCCGGCCUGGCGGACCUGGAGGUGCUAGACCUGUCAAGUAACGAGCUGGACGCUGUGUCUCACGGCGCCUUCGACACCAACAAGAAGCUGCAGCUGCUGCGGAUGGACGGCAACAAGAUGAAAGACAUUAACGGCCUCUUUGCCUCGCUGUCCAACCUGCUGUGGCUCAACGUGUCGGACAAUAGAAUCACGUGGUUCGACUACGCCCUCAUCCCCAGCCAGCUGCAGUACCUCGACCUCCACAACAACAGGAUCAGUGACCUGGGCAACUACUUCAGCCUGGAGAGUCAGCUGGAGCUGCGGACGCUGGACGCGAGCCACAACCAGCUCGAGGGCCUCAGCAGCUCCUCGGUGCCAGACAGCGUCGAGCUCCUCUUCGUCAACAGCAACAGAAUCUCCAAGAUGGGCGCCGGCACCUUCGCCAACAAGCACAACCUCUCCAUGGUGGACCUGUUCGACAACCUCCUCAGCAAGCUGGACCUCAAUGCCAUCAGCCUCCCGCCCGUGCCGGACGACCGCGCCCUCCCAGAGUUCUACAUAGGCGGGAACCCGAUAUUCUGUGACUGCACGAUGGAGUGGCUGCACCGCAUGCACCAGAUCAGCGUCCUGCGCCAGCACCCUCGCGUCAUGGACCUCGACAAGGUGACCUGCACUCUGCCCUACCCUCGGGCGCAAGAGAACCGCGUGCCCUUCCUCGAGACGCAGCCCUCACAGUUCCUCUGCCCCUACACCUCCCACUGCUUCGCCCUGUGCCAGUGUUGUGACUUCAUUGCGUGCGACUGUCAGAUGAACUGCCCCGAGGGCUGCUCCUGCUACCACGACGAGACCUGGGCCACCAACAUCGUUGACUGCUCUGCACGCGGCCACAGUCACCUGCCCGACGACAUCCCCAUGGAUGCCACCGUUGUCUUCAUGGACAACAACGACAUGCCGCUCCUCGACGCCCACCGCCUCAUCGGCCGCAAGAACAUGAUGGGGCUCUACUUGAACAGCUCCCGCGUCGAGAGGAUCCAGAACAGAACUUUCCACGGCUUGUCGUCCCUCAAGCAGCUCCACCUCCACGACAACCUCCUGCAGCAGCUCGAAGGCUUCGAGUUUGAGCACCUGGAGCACCUCCGAGAGCUGUACCUCCAGAACAACCGCCUCCGCGCCAUAAACAACGCCACCUUCGUCGGCCUGCACGCCCUGGAGGUGCUGAGGCUGGACGGCAACGCCCUCCUCGACUUCCCCGUGUGGCACCUUAAGCUGAACAAGGGCUUGAGGGACGUGGCCCUGGGGGCCAACCCGUGGUCCUGCCGCUGCCAGUACAUGGUGGACUUCAAGAACUGGCUCAUCCGGGAGACGGAGGUGGUGCGGGACGCCCGGGCCAUCGCCUGUGUCUCUGACGGCUCGGGCGAGUCGGGGCCCCUCGUGCUGGAGAGCUCGUACUCCUGCGAGAACUUCGUGGCCACUUCCAUCGUCCAGGAGAAGAUGGAGAACGACUUCUUGCAGCCGGUGCUCAUCACGCUGGGCCUCUUCUUCCUGGUGUUGGUGGUGGGCGUGGUGUUCGCCAUCUUCCGGGCGCGCCUGCGGGCCGGCAACUCCAAAAAGUGCGGCCUGAAGUGCUUACCCUCGCAGGGCAGCCAAACCCGGGAGGAGGAGGCCGGCCUGGUGUAUGACGCCUUCGUCAGCCACAGCGAGAGGGACGCGCCCUUCGUCACUGAGGUGUUUGCCGCCGAGCUGGAGAACAGCGAGCCGUCCUUCAAGCUGUGCCUUUCCUCGCGGGACUACCAGACGGUGGGCACCUACGUCGGGGACUUCAUCGUCCACUCUAUCGAGGCGAGUCACAGGGUCAUUCUAGUCUUAACGAGAAACUUUGUGGACCACGACUGGUGCAAGUUCUCCUUCAAGGCAGCCCACCUGGAGGCGCUGAAGGGGCUGAAGGGCCGCCUGGUGGUGGUGAUGUGCGGCGACGUGAGUGAGGCCGACCUGGACGCAGACCUGGCGGACCUGGUGAAGGGCGCCACCAAGCUGCGCUACGAGGACAAGGCCUUCUGGGCGCGGCUCACCGCCACGCUGCCGCCCGCCGCGCCCGCCCAGCCCUGCUUCAUCACCGAGACCAACUACAUCAUGAGGAACAACGUGGCGGUGCUCACGCCGCCCCAAACCCUCAAAUCCAGCGGCGGCGGGGGUGGCGGCCAGCUGAUGCCGGGCCUGGUGCUCUCUCCCCCCCUCAAGGCCCCCCACGGCCGACCGCCGCCCCUCCACCCCCACCCCCACCACCAGGCGCAGCCGUCCUUCAGUAGCGAGGCGGGAGAGCUGGACAAGACCUUCGUCAGCGUCGAGACAGCCCAGUCCAGCCUCGCCCCCAGCCUCGCCUCGGCGCCCAGUCUCGCGCAUUCCUACAUGUCCAUCGACUACGCCGCCUCCACAAGAAACUCGCACAUCUACGCCUCCAUCGACGAGGCCUCGCCCGCCCCGCCCCCGUCCAACCUGCCGGCGGUGCACGGCCUGCUGCUGCACCACCACCAUCACCACCACCACCCGCAGCAGCAGCAGCAGCAGGCGCCCCGCCGGCCCCUGACCAGCGCGGCGAUGCAGUCCUUCGAACAGCAGCAGCAGCAGCCAGUCGUGAGUUCGUCGUACUUCAUCUAGAACGACCCCGCGUGUCUGACGGAGGACUCGGGACGGACACGACCCCCCGCGGGCCGCUCCCCAACCACGGACACGCACGCACACGCGGACACGCACACAUCUCCCCGCGGUCACGCAGCCUCACCUCUCCGCGCCGGGCUUUGUGCCUCGCCCCGCUACUAACAAAGAGCAAACAGUGCGAGGGGAAAACACUGGAAAUUACACUCAACCGCCAGAAAGAGGGGGAGAAAAAAGAACCACAACACAACACACACAAAAAGAGCCCGGAACGAGUGGGGUUGAGGCUGACAGCGAGUGAGUGGGGGAGGAAGGAAGGAAGGCAGGGAGGAGGAGGAGCAGGAGGCGGAGGCGGCAGCGUGUUAAUAAUUCUUAGGCGAGUCUAGUCAGGCGAACGUUGGUGUGCCUAGUGCCUUUAUCUCCCAAGCCUUCUCGGGCGGUGCGGGUCGCUCACUGACCUUGUAAAUAGACUGUAUAAAGAGACUGUUGUAUAAACCUCGUGAUAUCUAUGGCCAAAGUGUGAUAAGGAAAUUUAGCAGCUUCAAAGUCAAGAGGCGAGAACGGGUAUUUUUUUAUAUAUAAACACGAAAAAAAUGAUACUUUAAAAAAAAACAUAUAAUAAACAUAAUAAAAGAUUGAUGAUUUGC